GUUGUAGCUCGCCUCGAGUCGCCCCUCCCAUUCCCGUUAAAACUCUCCGUUCCAUUCGCCAAUAAAGCGCUUUUGUCUUGGGGUCGGGAAGCUUAUGGGCUCUCGCCGGACACUUGAAGCGCAUUCCUCGACGUGGAGCUUUCAACCACUCGCUAGACACCGGUGGCUGAAGAGUUUUAAUAUAUUUUAAUAACUUUAUGCUGUUGCACAGUUUCGGGGACUUUUGACAGAGUGCAACACGGACGACUAAAGGAUUUCCAACAGUUUACUUGUUCUAUGUGGGUCCUCUUGGAUAAAAAUAUUAUGUAGCACACAUUUCUGAGUGCGCCGCAACUCAAACUUUACGCAGGGAACGGAACCGAUAGAGGGGAAACCACCACCGCCCCAGUCAAAGUGAACUGAAACAGGAGGCGGCAUCUUGUUGAGUGGGCCCACCACAAGAAAAGGGCCUGCUCAGGCCACAUCCCAACAUGCUAUCCCAGCUCUCACUACCAGCCUGAUGGAUGUCAGGAGUUCUUAUUCCUUCAAACGGGCGCUUAACGAAUAUCAGGCUGAGAGAGGAGACAGAGUGACUCCAGUGGCACCAUGAAGGCCUUCUUCCUCCCUCCGCUGACGCCCUUCCUCCUUCUCCUCUUGCUCCGGCUCCCUGGCAGGACUCUGGCCAGCGACUGUCCCCAGGACUGCACCUGCUCCACCCCAGAAUCCAUCUUCUGUUUCCAGCGCCGCUCUGCCACCAUGCCCCAAGGCGUCCCGGAACUCACCAAGAACCUCUACCUCUUCGCCAACGGCAUCGAGACCCUGGCAGAGGAAGACUUUGUGGGCAUGGAGAGCCUGGAGAUGCUGGAUCUGAGUCAGAACAAAGUCACGGUACUGCCUGACCGAGUGUUUGAGCCUCUGACUUCCCUGAGGAACUUGGACCUCUCAGCCAACCAGAUCACCCAUCUGUCAGAGGAGAGCUUUGCGGGCAUGGCCCUACUGGAGAGGCUGUACCUCUACAGCAACCACAUCCGGACUAUACACCCUGCUGCCUUCCAAGGCCUGGAGCAGCUGCUGGAGCUCAAGCUGCAGGGAAACCAGCUCACCUCGCUCCCCGCCCUCGCCAUGCCCAGACUGCUGUUGCUGGACCUCCGCUUCAACACCCUCCCAUCCCUGGGGUCAGCCGACCUCCAGAUGCCCAACCUGGAGUCUCUGAAGCUGGCCGGCCUGGGCCUCGAAAGCCUGAACGAGGACCUGAUGGCCAGCCUGGGGAACCUCCACGAACUGGACAUCUCUGGCAACGAGCUGAGCUCCUUCCCCCUGGCGCUGAGGGAGGUCCAGGGCCUGAUCUACCUGAGCCUGGCCGGGAACCCCAUGGGCCCACUGAAGCUGGAGGACCUGAAGAACCUGAGCGAGCUCCAGGAGUUGGACAUCAGCAACCUGAGUCUGCAGGGCUUGCCUGACGGGUUCGCACAGCUUUUCCCUCACCUGACUAAGCUGACGGUGGCAGAGAACCCUUUCAACUGCCUGUGCACCCUGGCCUGGUUUCCCGGGUGGCUCAGGAACCAGGGGGUGACUCUGGGCAGGACGGAGGAGACCCGCUGCCACUUCCCUCCCCUCAACGCUGGGAAGGUGCUGGAGAGGCUGGAGCACAGGGAGUUUGGCUGCCCCACCACCACUACUGUCACCGCUAGCACAGUCAGAACCAGCACCACCAUGCCCCCUCCAGUCACCACCCUGCCUAGCACCUCCCCAGCCAUCCCUGCACCAGGGCCCAGUGAGGAGGACACCUCAACUGGGACAGGCAGCCAGCCCCCGCCCCCCGUCCCUGCCUCUCCCAGCAGCAGCAGCCAAGACCCAGAGGUGGACUUCUUCUGCCCCUCCCAGACCUGCUUGAAUGGGGGCACCUGUCGGCUGGACGGGCAAGGCCAUCUGGAGUGCACCUGCCCUCGUGGCUUCUACGGCACCUAUUGCGAGAACCGCCACCACUCCCACCCCCCUCCCGAUCAGGACCACAAUGACAACAACAAUUACAUUUCCGCGGCAACUGUCACCGCCGAUGACCCCGACAUCAGCUCGCGCCUGGUGACCAGCUCCUCCAUCAUGCUGGACCUGCACCGCUACAUCAAGGUCCGGCCCUACAUCCGCGGCAUCCGUCUGACAUACCGCAACCUGUCGGGGCCCGACCGGCGUCCCAUGCAGCUCAGCGUGCCUGCUUCCUACCCAGAGUACACCCUGAGGGGGCUGCGGCCCAACUCCACCUACACAGUAUGCGCCAGCCCACUGGGCGACCUCAGCGGUGGGGACAGCGUCUGCACGGUGGCCCACACAGCGGCCCAGCAGCACACUGCCACAGGGAGGCAGGUGGAGGACAAGAGGCUGACCACCAUGCUGGUGCCGGCUCUGGCCAUCCUGCUGCUCCUCGUCCUGAUUGCAGCCGCCGUGGGGAUGGUGUGCUACAUGAGGAGGAAACGGGCCAAGGGCCACCUGGAUCUGGAGUGUGAGCCAGCCCAGCUGGAGCUGGAGGGAGUCAAGGCUGGUUCCAACAUUGGAGGGGCGAUGCCCCAAAAGCAGCCGGAGCCGGCUGUGGUUCAAAAUGGCGGCCUGGAGUACGAGGUGCUGCUAAUACAGGAUCAUUGCUCGCCGAACAACAACAUGGCUCUCUCUCAUAAGCCCUCUUAUUUCUGACGCCCAUCUCUGUUGCUACUCAGACCCAGAGGGUCAGACUAAAUACCUCUAGCUACUCAUUCCCUCACAGACUAGACACCAGCUAGAGUUGUUGGUGACAGUGGAGGAGAAAGAGAGGACCGGCCAGCCAUGUGUCAGCAAUUGAGAAACGGAACAAAUAUUAAACUGUGCAGACAUUAAAAUAUGUUUGAAAGGAUUAUUUGAAAAUAAGGGAGCCUUUUAAAGUGCCUUUAUUCUUAUUUCCACACCUCCUGCUUUGUUUCUACAAUCACAUUGCUGGACUGGCGCCCCGCGGCUCGCUACUGAGUGUGCCCACUCUCCACAGCAGGUCAAAGGUCAAGCGAGACUGGGCCAGACAGAGAGACAUCAGGGUAGUGACCUAAUCCCUGCUGUGUCUACUCUAAAAUGGGUUCUGCACUGAAAUGGGGGUGCAUUGCUGUGCACCCCUUGUGAUACCUGAACUAUGUAAAAACAGUGGCGCUCGCUGUGAAUGACAUCCGAGUCACCAAAUGAAGAGAACUUUUUCCAGUAAUUGAAAAGCAAGGUGCCGGACAUUUAUCAUGCUUUGUUUCGGCUCUAUUGCUUAGUGAAAUUGUCAUUUUUUUGUUGUGUUUGUAAAUGUUUUUAUACUUUUGCUGUUGUUUUUGUUCUAUAAGUAUGUGACUGUUACCACCCGUCAUCCCCCUUAACUGCUUGUGAUUUAACAGACAGAUUAAACCCCAGAUUCAAAUCUUUGAAGAUUAAAACUCGUUUGUACCAGCGAAGUCAAUCAAAGGCUUUACCCUACGAAUGUCAGACAGUCUAAGCAGCUGUAAGUCUCGUACUAAAUCCCCUCUCCAUUCUCUGGCCCUCAACCCCGCCCCGCCCCCACACAAAAAGCACCGAUAAACAGUUUCAGUUGGCUGAAACCUUAACAUUUGUUUCUGUGCUGCAGCGAACUUCAAACAUCCCCUGAGCCUGCCUCAGAUCAACCACACACACAUGAUUACCACAGAGAGGAGGGGAAAAAUAAACAGUUCAUUUCUAAAGGCUUUAUUAAUUGUUUAUGUCCCCAAGAGGGAACACAGUUACUUCAGUAAACUGCAAUUCACAAGAACGCACUUGUUAGCCUAGCUUAGCCUAGCCUCAGAGAGAGAUGCUUGUGGAUUUCCCUCAGGCAGAAUUAGCCUCUAUGGUGCUUUGUUGUGCACCAUUAACUGGUCUUUGGAAAAAGAGGGUCCCACGUCUUGCUCACUUGCAGCCAAGCAGACUAUGAAAAGUCCAAGCGUAGCAUAUAGUUGAAGGUUUUAUAUGGGCUCUGUCUGGGACGAGGGACAUUUAGGAAAAAAAUGUGUACACCAAACUAGAAUAUGCUGAAACACCAGUGUUGAGAUUCAAAUCUCAGAAUGUGAAAACGGUCUAAGUAACUUUAAUGUGUCUGGUGUUAACCUGCCUGCCCCUGAUGAGGAUCUCAGUGCCGACUACAGUAUGAAGAUCUCUGUCGGUAAACAGAUCAGUGAUAAUGUGGAAGCAUGUCCCGUCUUGUGCACAGAGAGGCAGACAUCAAGUCACUGUCAUGCUUCAGUGGUACUGUAUCCACCACUAAACACACACACACACACACACACACACACACACACACACACACACACACACACACACACACACACACACACACACACACACACACACACACACACACACACA